AAAUGGCAGCAAGUGAUAUCAGCGCGUUAUCAUGUGAGCCGAUGAAAUAAUGUUUUUUUGAGUUUUACAGUCGCGAGUGAAAUUGUUAUUUGUGAAUUAGUGCAUUGUGACAUAAAAAACCAUGGUGGAUAUAAAAUCACCGCCGUUUAGUGAUAUAAAAAGACCUGAGGAAGUCGUUCGAAUGACGACGAACGAUAGCCUGAAAUUUGCAGUUCUUAUCGGGCUGAUAGAAGUUGGCCAGGUAACCAACCGUGAAGUGGUGAACACCGUUUUACACCUGUUGGUCGGAGGCGAGUUUGAUAUGGAGUUGAACUUCGUGAUUCAAGAUGCUCAGAACAUUCAGCACAUGCUGGAACUAUUGGACCACUGCCCACCGAGCUUACAGGCUGAAAUCUGGUCGGUGUUCAUUGCUAUCUUGCGCAAGAGUGUGAGAAAUCUGCAGGCCUGUACUGAUGUCGGCCUCAUUCACCAUGUUCUGCAGAGGUUGCCCCGUGCGGAGACUGUUGUUGCAGAUUUACUGAUAGAAAUGCUGGGUGUACUCGCCAGCUAUAGCGUCACAGUGAAAGAGCUUAAACAGCUUUUCAAUGCUAUGAAAGCUGUUAAUGGAAAAUGGCCAAGACACUCUGCGAAACUACUCAACGUUCUCCGUCAGAUGCCACACAGAAAUGGACCAGACGUGUUCUUCAGCUUUCCUGGCAGAAAGGGAUCGGCGGUAGUACUGCCCCCACUGGCGAGGUGGCCAUACGAAAAUGGAUUCACAUUUACAACAUGGUUUCGACUGGACCCCAUCAACUCGGUCAAUAUUGAACGGGAGAAGCCAUACUUGUAUUGCUUCAAGACGAGUAAAGGAGUGGGCUACACUGCACACUUUGUCGGCAACUGUCUUGUUCUAACGUCUAUGAAGGUUCGAGGGAAAGGCUUCCAACAUUGCGUCAAAUACGAAUUCCAACCAAGACGAUGGUAUGCCAUAGCGGUAGUGUAUAUCUACAAUAGGUGGACGAAGAGCGAGAUAAAGUGUUUGGUGAAUGGGCAGCUAGCAUCCAGCACAGAGAUGGCCUGGUUCGUCUCGACCAACGAUCCAUUCGACAAAUGCUACAUCGGCGCGACAGCUGAACUGGAUGAAGAACGCGUCUUCUGCGGUCAGAUGGCAGCUAUCUAUCUAUUUGGGGAGGCUUUAACUACACACCAGAUCUGUGCCAUGCACCGUUUAGGCCCCGGAUAUAAGAGUCAAUUUCGAUUCGACAACGAAUGCAACAUCAGUUUACCGGAGAACCAUAAACGGGUGAGCGAUGCCGCUCCAGCGCUUGCUGCUAUCCCGGAAACCCCAGAUCCUAUAGAACCCGUAUCUCCUACCCCUGAAGAUACCGGGAGCGCAGAAGCUUGCGUAGUUGUUAAGGAGGACGCGACGCCGCGCGGGCGUCGAAUGGCUGGCGAAGCGCGAGAUGUCGCAGCGACGCAUGCUUCCCUGCUCGUAGAUAUUGAAGCAUGCAAGCGUGUACUAUACGACGGCAAAUUGUCAUCGGCCAUAGUUUUUAUGUAUAACCCGGUGGCAACUGAUGGACAGCUGUGCCUACAGUCGGCGCCCAAAGGGAAUGUGUCGUACUUUGUGCAUACGCCGCACGCCCUAAUGUUACAGGAAGUAAAAGCUGUGGUGACACAUUCAAUACACAGCGCCCUAAACUCCAUAGGAGGCGUUCAAGUUCUAUUUCCAUUGUUCGCUCAGUUGGACCUGCCUCACGACGCGCCCGCAAAUGAUCCUAAAAGAGACCCCAUGUUGUGUUCCAAACUGCUAGGAUUCGUCUGCUCGUUGGUAGAGUCAUGCAGUACAGUACAACAGCAUAUGCUGCAAUGUCGUGGGUUCCUGGUAAUAUCGCAUAUGCUGCAACGCUGCGGCCGGGACCAUCUCACACCAGACACGCUGGCGUCUUUCCUUCAUCUCACCAAACAUCUUGUUACUUGCUGCUCGCCAAACUCGGAUCUGUUGCUAAAACAGCUUCUGGACCACAUACUCUUCAAUCCGGCACUAUGGAUCCACACGCCAGCGGCAGUGCAAGCCCGUCUUUACUGCUACUUAGCGACGGAUUUCCUGGCUGAUGCUCACAUAUAUGGUAGUGUGCGACGUGUCAGCACGGUCCUGCAAACUGUGCACACACUUAAGUACUAUUAUUGGGUGGUCAACCCACGCACAAAGAGUGGAAUCACGCCUAAAGGCAUUGAUGCUCCACGACCAGCUCACAAAGACAUCCUAACGAUAAGAGCAUACAUCCUAUUAUUUCUCAAACAAUUGAUAAUGAUCGGAAACGGUGUUAAGGAAGACGAACUUCAAUCGAUAUUAAAUUAUCUCACCACGAUGCAUGAGGAUGAGAACCUUCAUGAUGUGCUGCAAAUGCUGAUCUCUUUGAUGUCAGAACACCCCAGUUCUAUGGUACCAGCGUUUGAUGCCAAGGGAGGGGUGCGCACGAUAUUCAAACUACUGGCCUCGGAGAGUCAAUUAAUUAGACUCCAAGCGCUUAAGUUACUUGGAUUUUUCCUCAGCAGAAGUACCCAUAAGCGCAAAUACGACGUUAUGUCCCCCCAUAAUUUAUACACGCUGCUAGCGACAAGAUUAGCAGCGAGUGGGGAGCCAUUAUCUGCCCCAGUUUACAAUGCGCUGUACGAACUGUUAACUGAGCAUGUCGGUCAACAAAUAUUGUAUACAACUCAUCCAGAACCGCAACCGCAUUUUCGCCUGGAAAAUCCUAUGAUCCUCAAAGUUGUAGCAACACUGAUCCGUCAAUCAAAGCAAACAGAACAGCUUCUAGAAGUGAAGAAAUUAUUCUUAUCAGAUAUGACGCUUCUAUGCAGCAAUAAUAGAGAGAAUCGUCGUACUGUGUUACAAAUGUCGGUAUGGCAGGAAUGGCUGAUCGCACUAGCGUACAUACACCCGAAGAAUACGGAAGAACAGAAGAUAUCUGACAUGGUCUACUCGUUGUUUAGAAUGCUUCUUCAUCACGCAAUCAAGCAUGAGUAUGGUGGAUGGAGAGUGUGGGUGGAUACGUUGGCUAUUGUUCAUUCUAAGGUGUCUUACGAAGAAUUCAAGCUCCAAUUCGCUCAAAUGUAUGAACAUUAUGAGCAACGCAGAGCUGACAACAUAACUGACCCGGCCGAACGUCAGCAACGGCCUAUUUCAACAAUCUCAGGAUGGGAUCGGCACACAGAACCUCGUCCAUCUCGAGUAUCUCCAGAGAGGGAUGUUAAACAAAAUGUAUUAAACCAUGGCGCCCAAACAGAAAUCGGCAAAGGAUUGUCUCUUAGAGAAAUAGAAACGUGCAAUUGUAAAUCAAAUGAUGAUAGUCGGACUACAGUAGUGUAUAGUGAAGUGUGUAAAGUUCAUAGUCCUGCCAAAAAUACCCAAGUGCCCGAUAACGGUUGUGAUAGUGAUAAAAAUGAAUUAGAUGAACAGUCGGAGUCAAUAGUUCAAUCGAUUGUAGAGAAUGAACAACUCAAAAGUUCCGAAUCUGGUAUUGUAGCGGAAGAUGAGAAAAACGAUAAACCCAUAUCGCGACAGGGAAGCCUCGAUUAUAUACCUGUUAGAGAUGUUGGUGAGAAUUUGGUUAAUGAUAACACUGAUAAAAGUGAGGGAUUACCUUCCAGUUUAUCAGUCAGCGAAACAGCUAGCCCUGAGAGAGUUUCUGAAGGGCUUAACCCCGUUAAUGAAAGGGAAUCAGAACUUUCAGAUCGAUCGGAAUUAUAUUUAACUCCGAGUGAAGCAACGAGCCCAAAGAAAGUACAAGAUAAGACUGAUUUACCUGACGACGUUACUGACGAUCCCAAGCAUGUUGCCAUAAACAUUGUUAAUGAUGUACUGACGAUUGCAUUGGAAACUGUAAGAUUAAAAACUGAUGACGACACCGAUUCCGGCGCUAUAUCCGGUGGACUCAAUUCAGAAGGAAAUACGCCAAAUGGGCGAGAAGACUUAGAACAUGAUAUAGAAGACAUUAUUGAUCACAAACAAGUUGAAACUAUUGCUAGUGAAUUAGUUUCGGAUAUAAUCGAUGCAGUUGUUAAGAAUAAUGAAAUGCCUGAAGAUCCCAAAGAAGACGACAUCGGAAGUGAAUUAGCAAUAGAUAACGAAUUUAUAGUUCCUAAUGAAAUAGAACACGAAAAAGAAAUAGAAAAAGAUAUAGAAAAAGAAAUUGAAAACGACAUUGAUAUAGAUGAAGAAAAUCUAAAGAACGAACAAUCAAAUGAACGACCACGAUCGAUUCUAGAACCGAAACCCGAAAUUCCAUCAAUCUCAACAAUUAGUGAGAAUAUUUCGUUAGCGAAUAAAGAACAAGAGAUUCAAGAAGAUAAAUGUGAUAAUGAUAGGGAGAAACGCCGGGUAAGUCUGCCCGGAAGUGAAAUAACGCCCGAUUUGAGAGGUGAAGGCGUUGCCUCGCAAGGAACAAACACUUCGACAUCACCGAAGCGACCCAGGAGUGCCUCGACCAGUACUCAAGUGGACUCAAAUCAUUUUGAAUGUUCUCGAUCGGCACGUGCGUCUCGCGCGAUGUUCUCUCCUGGUCCAACGCGGCCUCCAUUCCGCAUUCCGGAGUUCCGUUGGUCUUAUAUACACCAGCGUCUGCUUUCUGAUGUCCUGUUCUCUCUUGAGACUGAUAUACAAGUCUGGCGCAGUCAUUCAACCAAGUCAGUGAUUGAAUUUGUGAACAGCAGUGAAAAUGCAGUUUUUGUUGUCAAUACUGUGCACCUUAUCAGCCAGCUGGCGGACAAUCUUAUCAUUGCCUGUGGAGGAUUAUUACCACUGUUGGCUUCUGCUACAUCACCUAAUAAUGAAUUGGAUGUGAUCGAACCAACACAAGGCAUGCCCGUGGAAGUAGCAGUUACCUUCCUCCAAAGACUCGUGUCGAUGGCUGACGUAUUGAUCUUCGCAAGUGCUCUUAACUUCGGUGAAUUGGAGGCUGAGAAGAACAUGUCCAGCGGUGGAAUACUUCGGCAGUGUUUGCGCUUGGUCUGCACGUGCGCGGUACGCAACUGCCUCGAGUGUAAGGAGCGACAGCGCUGCGCGGCGCGACCCGCGCGGAGUUCCGAAUCACCCUCGCCUAAGAGUGUAGUAGCGAGUUUAGCAGAAGCGUCAAGUCCCGUAAAGGACCCAGAAAGACUGUUACAAGACAUGGAUGUUAAUCGUCUCCGAGCUGUUAUAUACAGAGAUGUUGAGGAAACGAAGCAAGCCCAAUUCCUAUCAUUAGCCAUCGUGUAUUUUAUAUCAGUUCUAAUGGUGUCGAAGUAUCGCGACAUUCUAGAACCGCCGCCGCACGCCACUGCGUCAACAGACUGCGCACGUCGCAUUCACCACGCCCACGAACACGAUGAAACAGCAGAGGACGUCGAGUACGCAAUGAUUGUUGUUGAUGAAAACAACUCUACCGCUCAAGACCUGGAUUCACCGUCCAUGAAGGAUGGCGAAAACAUCGCGAAAAUUGAGACCACCACUGAUGAAGUGAAACCAUCUGAAAAGAACGUAGAAGUUACACCAAGUGCCGAAAGAGAGGAACCGCUGUUCCAGUCGAGUUUGAGAAGACCUGCGCGUGCGCCAAAGAGCGUGGAUUCCAUUGAGGACGCGGGGUCGUUCCACCUCAACUCCACAGAGACCACAAAUAAUGAUCCAGAGACAUCUAGCGAGAUUGCAUUGGACGACAAUAAACAUCCCGUGAGUAACGACGAGUCCUGGACUGACGUCAAUCUGAAUGAUGACGCUGAACGAGGUCCAGCCACUAUUUCUGGAAGACCAAGAGACCAUGAAGAAAUAGAGAAACAAAUUCAUCUGCGCAGUGAGCAACACGUUCAACGAUUGCAAAAUCGUAACUUACAAGCAGCUCAGAGGCACUUACAUCAGCAGGAAGCAGCAACUACUUGUAGUGAUAAUGCAGGUUGUGAAAUCACGGGUGUUGGGGCGCGUGAAGCCUCACUAACACAUAAACUGGAACGUGCUUUGGGUGCUGUAUGCCCACUACUUCGUGAAAUUAUGUUGGAUUUUGCGCCAUUUUUGUCUAAAACACUCGUCGGCAGCCAUGGACAGGAGCUUUUAACUGAAGGUCUUCAAACAUUUAAAACCAGCACGUCUGUGGUGGAACUGGUGAUGUUGCUCUGCUCUCAAGAGUGGCAGAACUCCUUGCAGAAGCAUGCUGGCCUGGCAUUUAUUGAGCUGAUUAAUGAAGGAAGAUUGUUGUCUCACGCUAUGCGAGAUCAUAUUGUUCGAGUCGCUAAUGAAGCCGAGUUCAUUCUGAAUAGGAUGCGAGCCGACGAUGUUCUUAAACAUGCUGAUUUCGAGUGCCUCUGCGGUACAUGGGGCGCCGAACGCGCGGAAGAGGAGCGGACGUGCGAGCGUUUAAUUGCGGGAGCGAGACGCCGAGACACUGCUUCCGCUGCCCGUAUGCUCGAUAAGCUUCACCACGCAUGCGCCGCUAGCUGCGGUGGUAGCGGAGCGCCAUCUUGCGAGCACUGGAAGCUCGAUUCAUGGGAAGAUGACGCGAGAAGACGACGCCGUCUAGUUCCAGACGCGCGCGGAAGACGACAUGAUGAGCGCGCGCAUUCUACACACCAUGCUCAGUCACAUCCACCAACAGAUGCAAUACUACAGGCGACAGAGGAACUCCACGCGCGUAUUGCGGGCGUGUCGGGUGGAGCACAGUUACCGGCUGCGCCUGCACAGGAAUUGCUGGAUGACGCUGAGUUACUCAUUGAUGAGAGGGAUGCUGAACAGGAUCUUAGUGGUCCUGUAAAUAUGAGCACGCGGGCGCGUCUCGUAUCUGGAGGAAUGGCUGCGCUCGGCACCUUGUCGCUGACAGCCACUGAACUAUACUUUGAAGUGGAUGAAGAGGAUCCAGAAUAUAAGAAGAUUGACCCUGAGGUGUUGAAAUACUGCGAACACCUGCACGGAAAAUGGUACUUCAGCGAAAUACGCGCCAUAUUUUCCAGACGUUACUUGCUGCAGAACACAGCCAUCGAAAUGUUCCUUGCGAGCAGAACAUCAAUAUUCUUCGCAUUCCCGGACCAGACGACCGUGAAGAAGGUGAUAAAGGCUCUUCCUCGUGUCGGAGUUGGUAUCAAGUACGGCAUUCCACAGACCAGACGCGCUUCCAUGAUGUCGCCGCGGCAGCUCAUGCGAAACUCAAACAUGACGCAGAAAUGGCAACGGCGCGAAAUUUCAAAUUUCGAAUACCUCAUGUUCCUCAACACUAUUGCAGGACGAACAUACAAUGACCUAAACCAGUAUCCGGUGUUCCCAUGGGUGCUGACCAACUACGAAAGUGAGGAGCUGGAUCUAAGCCAACCCUCAAACUACCGGGACCUGUCCAAGCCAAUCGGCGCUCUCAAUCCGAGCCGUCGCGCCUACUUCGAAGAACGCUACAACACUUGGGAACAUGAAUCGACCCCGCCCUUCCACUAUGGGACCCAUUACUCGACAGCUGCGUUUGUACUCAACUGGCUUGUUAGAAUUGAACCCAUGACUACAAUGUUCCUAGCAUUGCAUGGCGGCAAGUUCGAUCAUCCAAACCGCCUCUUCUCAUCUAUCGCCCUAUCUUGGAAGAACUGUCAACGUGACACGUCUGAUGUGAAGGAGCUGAUACCAGAGCUCUUCUUCCUGCCUGAGAUGUUGGUGAAUAGUUCUGGAUGUGACCUCCAACUGCCUGAUAGUCCCUCGGGUGAUGUCCAGCUGCCGCCAUGGGCGUCUUCGCCGGAGGAGUUCGUUAGAGUCAAUCGUAUGGCGCUGGAGUCGGAAUUUGUCUCCUGCCAAUUGCAUCAAUGGAUUGACCUUAUUUUCGGAUAUAAGCAACGAGGGCCUGAAGCAGUGCGUGCAACCAACGUAUUCUACUACCUAACAUACGAAGGUGGCGUAAGACUGGACCAAAUCCCAGAGGGUGUCACACGCGCAGCAGUCGAAGAACAAAUACGAAGCUUCGGCCAGACUCCAGCGCAACUUCUAAGCGAGCCGCACCCCCCGCGCGCUUCCCCCCUUCACCUGGCACCGCUGAUGUUCUCAGCACCGCCUGACGACGUGUGCCUGCGACUGAAACUCCCGUCCAACGCUGCUGUCGUCCAUGUCUCGGCUAACACGUAUCCUCAGCUGGCGGCACCAGCGGCGUUGACUGUCAGCGCGGCUCGCGCGUUCGCCGCCCACCGAUGGUUGGCAGGUGGAUGUGCGCAUGUCGCUGCCAGGCACCAGGACUUGGCGCCUCCGCAUCAUCCGCUAGUAAUGGACCCGGUGUGGGCUGCAGGUGGAACAGCUGCCCUCGCGCGUCGUCACCUCGGUGACAACUUCUCCCAGCGGGUCCGUGCUCGCACCAACUGCUUCGUCACAACCGUGGACUCGCGCUUCCUAAUCGCGGCCGGCUUCUGGGACAACAGCUUCCGCGUCUUCUCAACUGACACCGGCAAGAUCGUCCAAAUAAUCUUCGGCCACUAUGGCGUUGUGACGUGCGUCGCUCGAUCCGAAUGCAAUAUCACAUCGGACUGCUACAUCGCAUCUGGGUCUGAAGACUGUACCGUCUUAUUGUGGCAUUGGUCAGCCCGCGCUGGGGGAAUAGUCGGGGAAGGUGACACGCCAGCACCGCGUGUCACACUCACAGGUCACGAGGCGGCUGUGGUAGCUGUGCUAGUGUCAGCGGAGCUCGGCUUGGUCGUGUCAGCCUCCGCGGACGGACCUGUGCUGGUGCAUACGACGUUUGGUGAAGCGCUGCGCUCGCUCGAAGCUGGUUCGGGCGCGUCGUCGCCCCAGCAGUUGGCGUUAAGCCGUGAAGGGGUGGUAGUUGUGGCGUAUAGGAAGGGACAUCUGGCGGCUUUCUCGCUGAACGGACGCCUCCUGAGGCGGGAAACGCACGCCGAUAGAUUCAGAUGCUUGGCGCUGUCGCGGUGUGGCGAAUACCUUGUCUGUGGUGGCGAUGCGGGCGUGGUGGAAGUGUGGCGAGCGUUUACACUGGCGCCGUUAUACGCCUUCCCGCCGGCUGGGGCACCUGUAUGCUCGCUGGCGCUUUCACAUGAUCAACGGUACCUAUUGGCUGGCCUCGAGAAUGGUUCGCUAGUUGUUUUCCACAUCGAUUUCAACCGCUGGCAUCACGAGUACCAGCAACGCUAUUAACUUGUACCAGCAAAUGUACUGAAGUAUGGUAGAAAAAGUACUUAAUUAUACCAGCUAAAACAGUUAUUUAUACCAGCAAAAGUACUUAAUUAUUCCAGCAAAAUUACUUAAUUGUUCGAGCAAAACUACUUCAUUAUUGCAGCUAAAAUACUUAUUUAUACUAGCAUCGGUGCAAUUGUAAACCGUUUAACCAUACAACUGUCAAAUGUAAAGUAGAUAAAAUCAUUGUUAAGCGCAUUUUAAAUAUAUAUUGCAUUCAAUAUUAUCUUAAUUUUCAAAUAUUAUAAAUAUUUUGUAGAAAAGUUUGAUUUUAACUGAAUUAAGAAAUUUAAUUAUUUUUCAUCUAUGGACCGUAAAUUUAUUUGACAGUAGCAACGGAUUUUGCUACUAAAUAUUUGUAUAAUCUGUAUUUAAAUGUAUAAUUGCGACGUAAUUCCGGUAUUAUAUUUUUGAUCGUUAAUAUAAUUGUUAAUUUUGUUUAUAAUUGUAUAAAUUGUGUGAGAUAUUUUUAGUUAUAAGUAUUUCUUCACAUUCCAUUUAUCGAUGUGUACAAUCACCGCAAAUUGCUAAUGACACAUUAAAAUUUUAUUUGACAAACAUUUCGAGAUAAUAUAAUUCAUCAAUCGAUUAAAUAUGUAAUAAAAAAUAUCAAAACAGAUUUACAAAAAACUGUAUUACAAAAAACAAAAUGGUGGGUGUAUUAGUAAUCUGUGUAUAUUGUAUUGAUUAGUGCCAUAGGUCAAUUGAGUUGUAGCUAUCAUUAUUAUAUUACUUUCCAUUCCAAACAUUGGUCUAAUGUACUUAACUAUUACACGGAGAUGGAGGAGAUGGAGGAGUAUGGAGAAGUCAUAUUAUAGCGGUCUUAAUCUUUGCUCACAUUGCUAAGUCAAACUUAAAGACUAUGUUGCUUAGUGUAGCUCAGAUUUAAAUAAAAUAAAAUAUUAUGUAUUAAGUUCUUCCUUAGCAGUCAUUACAAUGUUUCAAUUUAUUUUUUUCUAAUCUGAACUAACCCUUAAGAUAAAGUCUAGGAAAUCUAUGAAAAUUCACUUUUGUCAGUACAGAAAACAGAUUAUGUCUAUGGAGAGAAUGAAAAUAAAGUUCCAAAAAAAAAAUUAUGGGCCGGCUAAAGACUUUCGACCAUACUGCCAAGUUUGACAAAUUUUAUUCUUUAAAUAUUUUUAAAACUAUGAAUUGAUUGACAGGAUUGUCGAAUUGGCGCCAAAAUCUAAAUUUCGAAUAAUAUGACUUCUCAAUACGUACAGAUGUAAAAUUUUAUAUAUUUUUAUUUUAUCUAUGACUUUUAUUGCGUCCAUUAUUUAAGUAUUAUUUUUUUUAUUCGAAACAUUCCUUAAAUGAAUUUUAUUAGGUGAUGGGUAUUGGUACUUAUUU